AUGCCUGUCCAGGGGGUUUCGUUCAAGCGCUAUGUUGAGGUUGGCCGUGUGGCCCUCGUUACCAAGGGCGAGUACAAGAACAAGCUCGUCACCAUUGUUGAGAUUGUUGACCAGAACAGGGUAUGUAUUGCAAACGGCGCAUGUGCCACCAUGGGUUUUUCUGCUCCUGGUGACACACGCGCGAGCCGGAAUAGGUCACUGACACUGCAGGCUGUUGUUGACGGUCCUUCGACGGGUGUGCCCCGUCAGGUCAUGUCUUACCGUGACAUGACGCUCACUCGCUUCGUCAUCAAGGUGCCCCGCGCUGCCGGUACUCCGACCGUGAAGAAGGCGUUCGAUGCCUCGGGUGUGGCCGAGAAGUGGGCUGAGAGCAAGUGGGCCAAGACCCUGGCGGCUCGUGAGGCCCGCAAGAACACGACGGACUUCGAGCGCUUCACCGUCCAGGUGCUCAAGAAGCAGCGCCGUGCCAUCCUUGGUGCCGCUGCCAAGAAGGUGCAGGCCUAA